ACAAAUUAAUUAAUGUGAUAUUAAUUGCGAGACAUUAAAAACAAAACAGUUAUACAGUCCAGUUCCAUUGUACAAACACGAUGCACGCGCUUGGAAUUUUAGUUUUAGUGGUACUUUUUUACGGAGACGUAACCUUCUCAUGGAUGGCGGUGCCGCAAGACGUUGAAACAUCACAAUCUGCGAUAGAAACCAAGGAAAACGUAACAUCUCCGGCGCCUGCAAUACAAUGCCAAACAGCCAAAAAUAUAACAGGGUUAUGUACAGUGAGGGAGCAAUGCGACUUCGGCCCUGGAGGGAUAGACUUUACCCUCUACGCUCCAAGAUGGUAUAAAAAACCAUGCAAAGCGGGUGAAGUAUGCUGCCCUUACCAGUUCAUCCAGGUGCAAAGCCAACCAGCAGAACGGAGCGUGGAAAGCGAUGAUUACUUUGAACUUGACGACGACGAUUAUUUAUUAAUAAAGCACUAAAUUAACUAA